AUGUUGGAAAUUUUGUUAUGUUGUAAGAGAUCAAGUAAACCCGAACCAAUCUCAGUUGUGAUAUGCAGAAAGUUUGUUGUUAUAUUAUUCGUAUCAAUAACAUUAACUGUUCUUGUCAUAUUAUCAAACGGAGUAAAUAAAGAUACACCAACUAUUACAAGAAAGUAUUCUUCAAUGGAUAAGUUCCCUGUACCAGGUACUAUGAAUAAUGAAUAUGCAAUACAACCUACUUAUGAUAAUAGCAUCGAUUCCUGGGAAGGAAGUUUUUCUCCAGAUAAUUUAUCAUUUAUCAUUGGUGGUCUUAACAAGACCCAAAAUCAAGAGGAUAUAACUGGAUUAAAUUUAAUUUUCAUGAUUACAGAUCCAGAUUAUAACGUUACUAAAGAUGGUUCUAUCCGUUUUAGUAUUUUUAUGCAUGAUCAAGAAUAUAAUCCACUUAAUGAUACACUUGUUAAUGUAACUGAGGAUUAUUCAAGUUUUGUCAAAUCGCUUCAAGAAAUUGUUUAUUAUAAUACAGGAAAUGAAUAUACUUUGUAUCUAUCAAGAAAACAAAGGAUUAUAUUAAAAGAUUCACCUCUAAAUGAUUUGGGACUUCCACAAAAGUACCCCAGCCAAACUUAUGUUGUGGCAAAUGAUCAUUUUUAUACCCAUUCGGGUUUAGAAGAAACAGUUUUCCGAUUAUUUCCUCACAGUUUUUCGCUUGAAAAUGAAGUUGAACAAAGGCAAGUAGAUUGUAUGAUCAAAUCGGCUCUGACUGUUAUUUCAAAUGUACUUGCUGUAUGGGGAGGAUUGACAGCACUUUACAUAUUUUUAUUUGGUGCUGAUUCGAUUAAACCAUGGGGAUUUAUACAAGAAAAGAUUCUUAAAAAUGAAACACGUAAUAAAUUGAUGCCAACACCAUUUUUUAAAAAGGAAGGAACUCCUGAGGAAAGGAUUGAAGCAUUGGAAACAUUUCUUAAAGACUAUGUUAUCGAUGUUG